ACAGUGGAAGCGGAUAUGACAAUGCCCAAUAAAGGCGUGUUUACCUUUUUCCGUACAGAAAUGUGUGUCACUGUCGGGGUUCGGCGCGCAUUACGUCACUUGGGAAUCCCCCUUUGAAUGUGCGUCACACGCAGAUCCAGCCGGAAGUGGCCCACGCGCCUCCCACUGGAAAACCGCUCAUAGCCAGUCCUUCUGUAUCUCUGUACUGUACGCUUGCAUGAUUUAAUCCACACCAUUAGUGUUUGGCUUAAUAUAAAUACAAAAAUAAGUUGUUUCCAGGCAAUAUAAUUUUAUCACUCAGUGCGAGACGCUAGAUUUAGAUGUAUAUGAAGCAGUGACGUACUCUACCAAUCCUGACUUUGUAAAUCGCAGGCAGGGUGUAAACUAAAUAAAGAAGAAGAAUAUAACACGUUUCCCCUUGUUUUUAUAUAAUAUUUUUGUGUGUAGCAUUUCAAUGCUAUGUAUGUCGUGGUCUCCCAUCCACUAACUGGACUAACUACAUACAUACAUAGCACACCUCAUCAUGCUAGUACAUAUAUAUGAUGCCACUGCCCACAGACACAGAGUCGUGGUGCCGCGGCGCCAGAGUAUACUAUAGUUAAGGGUAAAAUGAAAGGGCUGGUUGUGCAAUUGCAGAGUAAACCGCAGUACCCCACCUUUCGCAAAGCCCGUUGCGUUGGUAAGCCGCCUCUCUAGCCGGGAGAGGAAGGCUCUUUUCGGUCAGAUGGCGCUGUGCAGUCCGCCCCCGGGUCCCGGCGCCCACACACCCAGCAAAAGGUUACCACCAACAAUGAGGUCCGACACAGGCAGCCGUUCAGAGCAAAAAAAUACAACAAAGCAAAGAAAAGACACGCACGAAUUACGCUCGGCGUGAUGAUGUGCACGCGACUGGCAGAAAUCAGAAAAUCAUGUACAAUUUGAACCACUUUGAACUUGGCGAUUAGGAUUAAAAAGUUUCUUGGACUGCGAUGCCCGGCAGUAGCACGAACGUUUUUCAUGGUUGAAUUUUUUUUUUUUUUUUUUUUUGCUGAUGUGGUUCGAGGACAGCGAGCACUGAAGGGACUGGACCAGCCCACGGACGCGCGGCUCCACACCUGAAGAACACAAGUUCUCUGUAGUUGAGCACGAGCUCGGAGCGAGAAACGCGGCGAAGCAGCAGCAUAGAGAAUCGGCAGGGAAGCGCAUGAGAGCUGGAGAACUACGAGGACUGUGCCAGUGCGUCCCCCAGCACCAAAGUGUCGGACCCGGGCGAGUCUGCCAUGUCUUUGCCACGCACGCUUGGGGAGCUGCAGCUCUAUCGCGUGCUUCAACGUGCCAACCUGCUGGCAUACUACGAUACCUUCAUCCAGCAGGGUGGGGAUGACGUUCAGCAGCUGUGUGAAGCUGGGGAGGAAGAAUUCUUGGAGAUCAUGGCACUUGUGGGCAUGGCCACCAAGCCUCUGCACGUACGACGUUUGCAGAAAGCCCUGCGAGACUGGGCUGCUAAUCCGGCACUCUUCAGCCAACCUCUAGCCAAUGCGCCGCUUAGCGGCAUACCGCUGUUUAAGGUCGAUUCCACCUGCAGCAGUACAGUGACUGGAGUCAAAAAGGCUGUGAGCAAUGGUCAGCCAGAAUCUCCCUGUGAAAAGGAGGAUCAUGCAUCUCUCAUUCCCUUACAAAGCGGGAGCCCCAAGAGCCCCUGCUCUCAGGCUUCCCCGCAGGCCCCUGAUGGGCCUUACAGAGAAAAAUUGUUCCCCAUGGACUCACACUGGAUGAGCCCAGAUCCAGAGGGUUGUGGUGCAGUAGUGUUAGGGUUGGAUGACGAUCAGCCCUGCCCACCACUUCCUCCCCCAGCCCCCUCUACGCCCCCUGCAUCCACCUCGUCCUCCACCUUGCUCUGGCCUGGGGGACGGCUGGACCCUGAGAUGGUUCGACUAGUUGGUGAGAGUGUGGGACGGCUUCUGCGCACUGUGCCAAAGGCUGAGCCUGGAGAGGUGAUGACACUAUUAAACUUGAACAAAAAGCUGGCCAAAACAGUGGGGCACAUCUUUGAGUUGGACCCACAGGACCCCACCAAGGAAGAAGAAAUCCGCAAAUAUAGCCUCAUCUAUGGACGAUUUGACUCCAGGAGGAGAGAGGGAAAGCAGCUUUCAUACCAUGAAAUGCUGAUCAACGAAGCGGCAGCUCAGUUCUGUAUCUGUGACAAUGCCCUGCUGCUGAGACGGGUAGAGCUCUUCUCUCUGGCACGGCAGGUGGCGCGGGAGUGUGCCUACACCUCCACACUGAAGAACGCCAGGACAAGUAACGAUGACAGUACUCUACCAUCACAGAAGCGGGUCAAACAAGAACCAGUCGUUUCAGAAUGCGUGUUCUUCCAUGACAUCGCAGAGAGGUCAAUGGGGUUGUCAGAAGGUGGGCAGCAGGUCGUGCUAAGACCGGGGGCAGACGAGGACAGUCUGUCAGGAGAGAGCCUCGACGGCUCAGCAGCAGACAUGGGCUCUCAGUCCAGCCGCUCUCAACGCCCUUGCCCUCCCAUUGACACUGCUGCCCACGCAACCAUAAGCCGCCAUCUCAUGAAACAGGCGCUCAUGGAUGAGGGGUUGCGACUGGCUAGGCUGGUGUCACGUGGCCAUACGGACAAAGCCGGCCCAGGGACAAGCGGUAUUCAAACAGCAGAGCUGGAAGACAAAUGCGCAGAGAAGGGAGACUGUGACAGAACUAACAGGAGAGGCAGCUCGUGUAUCUUUAAAGAUUAUCCUGGCAAGAAUGGUAAAGAGAAGCCUGGUCCGUGAAACUUUCCUCCAUUCGGCUUCUGUGUCGUCCACCCGUUCUGCUCUUGAUUUGGUGGCACUCUCCUCAACGGCCUCCACACAGACAAUAACAUCCUCCCAAUAUUUCUGACCCAAAUCUGUCAGCAUUGCUCCAGAGGGACAAUACCUGCAGUAACACACACUGAGCCCCAUUGCAUGUAGGUUGCACACUUUCUUCCAUUCAAGCUUUAAAGAUCGAGCAGUACUGUACUCUCCUGUUUUUAUUUUUGCAGAAUUUUCCUUUUGUCCUCAAUUAUGGUCAUAGCUUAUCUACAUCAAAAAAAAAACUUGUUAAACCUUGAAAUGUUCUAAAGGCAAAAUGAAAACUGUGAAAAAAAAGUUUUGAAACAAACUACAGUGACCUUAGUCACAUUACUGCCCAUAAAUGUUUCGGACAUUUCAUUUCCUAUUAUGUUUGGCAAAAUCUGGUAUCUGUGUACAGUACCUCUCCUUCCAAAGGAUGAGUUUUCUCUGAAUAUCUAAAGCUAUAUUGGAUGGCUGCCAUUUAAUUUUUUUAAUAAAACAGUUCUUCACAUGGAAAAAGAAUGUAUUUUGUAACGCUAUGAAGAAAAUGUUAUUACAUUGUUAUUAGUAUUUACAAGGGAAUGUUUUAGAGUCAAAUGUUCCUUAAUUGUUGGUGAGAAUUUUGGAAAGAGAUUCUUGUCUUAGGAAUUGUGACGGCAGUUCCUAGCCAUUCUGACUUCUAGUACCGAAAUUGUUCAGUGUAAAUUUUUUGCCAACUAGCAGGGAGAUAAUCAUUGCCAGUUGUUGCCACCGUAAGAAUGACAUCCAUAUAUGAUUGUACUUCGUCUGAUCAGAAAUCUCAGUAUUCGUUUUUUCGCCCAGCUGCCAUUUGAGCUGUACUUUAUUAAUACAUUUAUUAAACCUUUGGUGCUAUUGCAUUUCAGUGUAGGAACCGUUGCGAAAGUGGCGUUUGUGCAAUCUACAGUGGAAAAAGCUAUGUGAUUUUGCUGGGAUUGAUUUACAAAAACAGUCUGUCAUUGAUGUUUUUUUUUAAUGGUGUGUUUCCAGUUAGAGGUUUCAUUUAACACAUGUUUCAUAGUUUGUGUACGAUAUCAAAAUGUACUUUUGGAAUGAAACAUACUGCAGUAUUUCUGUUUAGGCAUGUUAGGGAUAUAUUGAAAAGUGUACUACAGUUUCUUAAAUUAUGAAAAUCACUGAAUGACAAUGAGGAUGUUACACUGAGUAGAAUGAGAUCUUGUCAGCUAAUUAAUAUAAUAGUUUUUGUUGUUUCGUUAAAAAAGAAAAAGACAGUCCUCUUGUUUUAAUGAAAAUGUUUUAUAAGCAAUGACAGAGCUACAACUAGAGUGAAGUGCAGAACCAGACUGAUAUCUGGAAAAGCUGACCAUACAGUUCUCAUAUCUAAACACUACAUUUCUGAGAUUUGAAAUUUGGAGAGGCCUGAGAGAGUGCAUCUAUUUUUCUACUUGAGAACUCUCUUUAUGUAUACUUAUAGUGUAAAUUCCUGAUGUAGUGAUGUUUACACACGACUGCAUAGAAUUAAAGUUUCUAAGCUGUAACGUGCAUGUACAGUUUUAAUGGCAAACAUUGUCUUCAUAGCACAGCUCGCCAGGAAGCAAAUGGAGUGUGACAUCAACACGUUCAAGGUCAAAUUGUGAUCACAUUGUAAGUGUCCAUCAUGUGGAUUCUUCAGCAAGAAAGCAUUAGGCAAAGUUUUGCUUUUAGUGUAUUGUAUAGUAGAUAAUCUAUUUUGUUAAUUUUCAAUAAAUAUUUUUGUUAUUUUCAAUAAAUAUUGUUUACAGGCUGCUGUUUCCACUUUUGGGAUGUACACAAAUGAAAUGUGACAUUUAUCGCUCAUGAAACCCACUCACUAUAUGCCACCAGACUAUUGCAGGGUUGAGGUGGUGCGGAACACACACACACACACACACA